UUGGUGUGAUUGCAACUGAAUAAGAGGAUUUAUCACCACUCCCAGACGGGGCAUAGUAAAUGUUAGGACUUUGAGUCUCUUAUAUAUGGAAUAAAGUACGAAUGACUUCAUUUAUAUAAAAGAGAGUUGGAUCCUGCUAGGUGGAAGCAUGAAGUUGUUAACUGUUGUUGCAUGGAAGUUAAAAUACAUGGAGAGGAGUGAUUAGGAGUGCUGAGAAACCAAAGAAGGUGACUCUGAUGCUGGGAGGACUCUGAAAAUUACAUUUUCCAGUUACCCUUGCCAGCAGGCUUCCUUUUAGGUUCCAUCUGCAGGAUGCAUAGAGAGAAGAGCAGAAGGAACUUCCUUCCUGUUUUUCCUGUCUUUGACGGCAUUGCUAGAUCCAGCCUCCCAUGAGUUGUGGCAUUUCCAGCACAGCGCUGUGGCACACUCUUGGAGGAAUCAGCAGCUCUGGGGCAGUGGCUAUUUUCCUAGAAGUAUAGAACCAGCUCUGCAGAGCCCGUCUUCUAAGCUCCUAGAUUCUGGCACCCAACAUCUAUGGAAAACACCUCUUAGAUUGAGAUAUCCAGUGUGGCUCCUAUUUUCCCAGCUAGACUCUAACUGAUACGAAGUCAUGGAGGGUUUUGAGAUCUCAAAAGAUUUGUCUUCCAUUCUGAUAGCAUCACCCUGGCUGUUGUGUUGGAAUUGACUGAAGGACCGACCAGCUAGGAGGCUAUUUCAAUCAAAAUAGAUGGGGGUAAAGAAGUGGUUACAUUCUGUAUAUAUUUUGAAGGUAUUAAUGAUGGGAUUUGUAGACAUUCAGGUGUGAGUUUCAAGGAAAGAGUAAAAAGUAUGAACUAUUAUCUAGGAGAGUAGGAGACUGAUUAGAAGACUCUAGUGUUCAUGCUGGGAAACAAUUAAGAUCAGUGAUUAUGAAUUUAAAAGUUAGACCAACUAGCAGCUGAGUGUGCAUAGCUCUACAGUGGUUUUGUUAAGGUAAUGCUAGCUGCUGUGACAGAUAAAUCCUGAAAUCUUAGUAACCUAAUACAACAGAAAUUUCUAUUCUAGUAACAUAAAGCCUAAUAGGUAAUGGGACAUAGUGAGGAUGAACUCCUUGAUUAUACAACUGAGUCUUUCAGUGGUCUUGGCCAACAGAAACUCAACAUGUGUUUUUCAAGUUUGUCCUGAGAAUUGAUACCUAGCUGGAAAAUUGAGGAUGGGAGAAAAUGCAAGAUUUCCAUAAAUUUUAUUUAUGCCAGUCCUAGAAGUAGCAUGCAUCAUUUCUACUCACAUUGUCUUGGCUAAAAUUCAAUGUCGUGGCUGCACCUUAGGUGAACAGAAGCCAGGAAACAUCAUUUAGCCUUGUACCAAAAAGGAAAGGAAAAUAGGUUUGGUGAACUGUUUUAGCCAAUCUCUGUGAAAAGGAGAGAUAAUCUGUGUUGAUGCAAGCAGAGACUAGGCAAAUAAUUUAAAAAGUUGUUGCUUUGCCAAAAGUACCACAAAAGUGAGAGAAAGGCAAAGGGGUUCAGAGCAGGUUCAAAGAAUAAUUAGAAGGACUGGCCAUGAAUUUAAGCUGGGUAAGGAGAAAGGAGAGGACACAAGGAGAGAAAAGAGUUAUUAGGAUUGAUGUGCUGGGGCGCCAGAUUGGUGAAAUAAUUGUUAGAGUUCCAUUCUAGUAAGCAUUGGCAGGCAAAGGAGGAGGUGUUAAUUGGAGAAUGCGAUGCUUGAAAUUGAAAAUUUGGAGGAACUUCAGGGCUGCCAUUGACAAAGAUGACAGCAUGACCCUGAAUGCUAGCAUCUGGGAUAGGGUACAAGAAAGAUCACUGGGAGACAGACUGCCAAGGAAUUUAGAGUCCAAGAUAUCGACAGAUAAUCUACACAGAUAUCACAUGUCGAAAAGAGUGAUAGUGUUUCAGGUGCUGAAAUCUUUGAGGAAUGAGGAAAUGUGAAAAUAAGAACAGUGAAUGACUUAGAAAGCUGUUAGUGGGUAAAACAGCAAGACUUGGUGAUUGGUUAUUGGCAGUGAAGAUGAAGGAAGUGACAAGAGUCAAUCCCAGUUUUCUCACUUACGUGAAUGGGUGGACAGUCUAGCCAUUUGUAGGAGAGGAGCACUCUAGGGUGUCCAUCUUUAGGAGAGGAAUGAUGAGUUUAUUUUUGGAUAUAUGGAUUUUAAAAUUUCUCUCUCUCAAAUAUCCAAAUGGAGAUUUUGAAAAGAUUCUUUGAAAUCUAAAGGUCUGGGACCCAGAGAAAAAAACAGCAGUGGGAUAUAUAUAUUUGAGGUUAUCGGAAAAUAAAUAGUAUAUAAAACCAAGUAUUGGUAAUAUUGUCUAGGGUGCUAAUAGGAAGCAGGGGUGGACCUUAAGACAUAUAGAAAGAAAGAAGUCACAAAGAGAACACUCUUAUCUGUCCAACCUACCAUAUUAAAUCUGGAAUAAGUGCACCUGCGUUGAUUAAUUUGGCCUGAUCCAAUGUUGUGUUUUAUGCUCCUUGGUUUAACACCUUACUAAUUUAUUCCGAUGUAGCUCCCCUAGGUUUAUGCCAGUAUAAUUUAGAAUAAUAUUGCUAGAUUAUUCACUUGUCUCUCUUGAAAUGGACUCAGAUUUCUCUAGCUAUAGGUCUAGACACAAUAAGGGUGACAGGAAUAGGCCUUAAAGAAAAUAAGCAGCCCAUUCAAAGGAUGCUUAAAGUAGGUUCACAAUUUUCACUUUUAUGCAUGUGUACCUAAAUAUUUCUAUCUCUUCAUAAUCAAUGCCCUAAUUUUCCACUUCGGAAACUUGGAAAGUCUGUGAAUACCUCUUACACGGUAAUUCUAUACUAACCCAGAUACUUAAGUGUUGAGUUUAAUUUUUAGCCAUAUCUACCCUGGUACAUACAAACAAAAAUAAAUUCAUAUGUACAAAAGCAAGAGAUUUUUUAGGAUCACGGAGAAGCUUUCAAUUUCAGUUGACAUUGUUAAACCCCUGAGCAUAUCAUUUUCCUUUUGUAUGGUCUCUAGUGCAGUCAUAAAUAGUCAUUCUACCAAAACGAACAGAGUGUGAAGUUUGGGAAACUAAGAAUAGAGUUAUUCAAGAAAGAGGGAGUGUCAAUAAAAUUAAAGUGACAUUAUUGAGAACGUAGUAGGUAUCAGGCUAUGUUCAAAGAACUUCACAAAUAUUUAUUGUAUUCUUAUGCCUGUCCUAGGAAAAGGUACUAUUAUUACAGAUAUUUCUCUUUUACAUGGAAGAAAACAGAGGAACAAAGAAAUUUUAAUUAAUUGCUUGAGAUCUCAGCUAGUACUUGGCAGAUCCAGCAAGCCAUCCCAGGCCAUCUGACUCGAGUCCAGUUUUAACUACUACUUUAUAUUAACUUCUAACCUAAAGGGAUCAGCACUACUCUGAGAAAACCAGGCCAAGGAAUAGAAAACUGCUCUUUGGAUUGAGUGGCAGGGAGGUCAUUGUUGAUGGUAGUAAGAGAUUUGUCAGUGGAGCAUGUAAGUACAUAGUACUUAAGUUCAUAAGGCAGAUUAGAGUCUGAUGAGGAGAGAAUGCGGAGUUAAAAAGAGGACAGAUGUACUUUGGAUACUCAAGAAAUUUGACUGUCACAGUCAAGAAACAGAAGAUGAUAGGGGUAAAAUUGGGUUCAAGGAAAGUUGUAUUAUUGUUUUGUUUUAAAAAUGAAACGAAGUUUUUAAAUGUUCACAGAAAGGAGCCAUUUGAAAAAGAAGGGGAUUAAUUACACAGGAGAGAAAAGGGACAAUUGACUUUGCAUGCUCCCUGGGAGGGUGGGAGGGUAUUGAAUUUAGGGCAGUUGUGAAAGGACUGAUCUUAAACAGGAGAGAGGACAAUGUUUCUCCUCUUUGAACAAGAGAAUAAUAGGAUGAGUGCAAAUGCUAUCCAAUUAAGGGAAUUAAGAGUAUAUCCAUAUGAUACCUUCUAUUUCUCUCUUUUAGAAAGUGAAUUCAUCUGGGUCUGAAAAAUGACGGGUCUGGCAUGGUGUAAAUUGAGGGUGAGAAAAAGUUGAGAAAAGUGUGAAUAAUUGAGGCUAGUGAGUGAGAAAUAUACUGGGCUAUGCAGGCACUGCUAAUGACCUAGACGAUAAUGAUAAAUUUAUAGUGUUACUUUGUCCUACUAUUACUUCCUUAAGUGUCAUUCUAAAAUACAGAAAAUUGAUUCCUUUAGGGUUUAGUUUUGCUAAAUAAAGGCAAUGAAAAGGCAGAGGAAAUUGGAGUUCAGAAGAAAGAAAAGAGUAAUUGAAAAAACAGACCAUGGAAUCCAAGCUGAAGAGGAGGGCAGUAAAGAUAAGCGUUAUGGUUAUGGUUAUGGUUAUGGUCAUGGUCAUGGUUAUGGUCAUGGUUAAGGUUAUGGUCAUGGUUAUCAUAUUGGUUAUGAUCAUGGUUAUGGUUAUGGUUAUGAUCAUGGUUAAGGUUAUGGUCAUGGUCAUGGUUAUGGUUAUGGUCAUGGUCAUGGUCAUGGUUAUGGUUAUGGUCAUGGUUAUGGUCAUGGUUAAGGUUAUGGUCAUGGUUAUCGUAUUGGUUAUGAUCAUGGUUAUGGUUAUGGUUAUGGUCAUGGUUAAGGUUAUGGUCAUGGUCAUGGUUAUGGUCAUGGUCAUGGUCAUGGUUAUGGUUAUGGUCAUGGUUAUGGUCAUGGUUAAGGUUAUGGUCAUGGUUAUCGUAUUGGUUAUGAUCAUGGUUAUGGUUAUGGUUAUGGUCAUGGUUAAGGUUAUGGUCAUGGUCAUGGUUAUGGUCAUGGUUUUGGUUAUGGUUAUGGUUAUGGUCAUGGUUAAGGUUAUGGUCAUGGUUAUCAUAUUGGUUAUGAUCAUGGUUAUGGUUAUGGUUUUGGUUAUAGUCAAUCAUGGUUAUGGUCUUGAUUAUGGUCAUGAUCAUGUAGGUUUAUUGCAGCACUAUUUACAAUAGCAAAGACUUGGAACAAAACCAAAUGCCCAUCAAUGAUAGGCUGGAUAAAGAAAAUGUGGCACAUAGAUUAUACUAAUACUGUUUUUUUAAAAAGGAGGUCACUGAGACUUUGGAUAUUGGCUGGAUUAAACAGGAAUUACAGGCCUGAGAAUUCAGGAAUUUAGUCCUACCAGUAGUCUCUUUGAAGGAGGCGGGACCGAAGGACUGGAAUGGUAGACGGCUUUUGGCUGACCCAACUUAAGAUGAUUUGAUUUAGUCACAGAAGUUGCAGAGCAGAACACAAGGCUUUGAGUAGCGUAAUGGCCCGGUCUCUGCAGGCCAGCCUGUUUAUUAUUUGUCUAAAUGUUUAUUACUUUGGCUACAGUCUGUUAUUACAUCUAUUGUUCUGUGCUAUAUUUGUGUAUUUAUAUAUCUCCCCUACUAGACUCUGGGUUCCCAAAGGCAAAGCCUGGGUAUCAUUUUUUUAACCUUGGCACUUGUUUUAGUGCUUGCCCAAUAAAUAUUUGAUCUAAUGACUUUAAACACACUAUUUCUAUUCCAUUGCACUGUCUACUAUUUAACAUAGCUUAUCAAUGCUGUGCAUUGCUUUGUUAGUUCAUGAUUUCUUCCAAAAAAUGUUAACGUCUAGAUAUAUAGAAAGGUUGGAUACAAACAGGAGGAAGAAUGUGGAAGCAUUACUUACUGUGUACGGAUCAGUGAUAAGAGAGAGAGGAAACCAAUUAGCAUUCUUUUCAUUAUCAGUUGUUUUCAAUUGUGUUAUGAUGACCUGGAUAGAAUUUCCCAUAAGAACUAAGUAGUAAAAAAACAAAUAAAUAAAAGAAGAAUAAGUUGAUUGCUUUAUUGCAUUUGAUACUUAAGUAAUCAGUCUGAAAGAAUGAUUUCAAGAAUAAACAGCUUAAUGGAUUCUGGUUGAUUGUUUACAGUUAAUGUUUUUGCAAUAAAACACCUUCUUCCCUGGUUUGCCUCAUGAGAUAAUAUAGCCAAGCUUUCAUAAAAUGAGUCUAAUUUCAUUCACUUUGUCAAAAUUGAAUCAGAGCUUCAAUUUUCGAGUGUCACUGGUUACAGUUUACAUCUUUCCUAUUGAAUGAAUUUUUUUCUCCUGUAAUUUUUUUCUUCUAUAAUUCUGAGCUUUCUUUACACUAGUUGGAUUGUGAUUCCUGACCAUGGGUUUUGUAAGGGAUGUUGUAAAUCAGUCGGUCAUGUGUGGUUUCAUCAAACACUAUCAAACAUAUCUCUUGCCAAAUUCCAGUGGUGGAAAUUUGUAAUAGUUUUAUAGGUAGAAGUGAGUAACAUUUUCACAAGAUGAAGUUCAAGCCAGUCUCUAACACAAUUAUAUACUUCUCUUUUUAACCAUAGAUUUCUCUGUUAAAGUUUAUUAAUACUAAAAUAAACUCACUAUAAUUACCACUUA